UCUUUGGAUUUUUUAGGUUACGACGGAUUCAUAGUUCCAUUCGCUCCUCUGACACCGUCCUCUGCAACUGACCCCCGUUUUCGCUUCCUUCUCCGACGACAUUCCGGCUAAGAUCUCCGUCUCCCCGUCGAAUUCCGGCGGCACAUCCGUCUCCGAAUUCAGGUAUUUUUUCUUGAGUAUUAAAAGGGAACAUCAGAAUUUUCACUUGAGUAGAUUUUAGCAGGAUGAGCAGCAGAUCAAGUCGGCAUAAAGAGAAGCAUGGACUCAAGAGUGUGGUUUAUCAGGAAAGUCGCGAUGAAGGAACUGCUGCUCGGACAAGACCUUUCAGUUUUGAUGAGAUAAUGCUCAGAAGAAAAAAUAAGAAACUGUCUGGAGAUGUUGAAGACAUGAUUGGAGAGGCAGAAGAUAUAUCAGUUAAGGAAAUUGAGAAAGUUCCUGAUCGUUCUGGCAGAGGUAGUAGAAACAGCAAUGAUGUUUUGCCUGUUGUGAAGCAUGCUGCAGAGGAUUUUCUAAAUUUAAGUUCCAGAAAGAGAGAAGAUAUCAAUACUAGGACUGGAGACAGAGCAGUGAAUAAAAGAGAGAGAGACAAUCGUGAUGGGAACAGGUUGGUGAAUAAAAGAGAUAGAGACAGUCAUGACUCCGAAACCAAAAAGCAAGCUUCAGAGGAUAUUCUGAGGGUAAGUUCAAGAAAGAAAGAAGACAACACUGCUGUGACUGGGGAAAGGUUAGUGAAUGAUAGGUAUAAAGACGAUCGUGACAGAGACAAUCGGGACAGAGUGAUUAAAUCUAGGGCAACAUUGAACAGAGAACUUAGUGAUAAAGCUAAGCGGGGCAAGGAUGACAGAUGGGAUCAUGGCAGGAGAAAAAAUGAUGAGCGGCCAAUUAGUCAUUCUGAAAAUCAAUCUGAAAAUAGGCAUGCAAGAAAUUUGGUACGGAAGGACAGAUAUGAAGAGAGAAGUAGAGGAAACUCUGAAAAAGAAAGCAAAAACAAGCACAGAGUUGAAGAUGAUGAGAGAACUAGAGAAAGGAGUGUGGUGAAAAAAAAUAGUUCCGGGAAAUGGGAUGAUUCAGAAGCUUCUAAGAGAAAGCUAUUACAUAUUCAUCAGGAAGAAUCAAGACAGAAAAGGAGACGGUCAAGGAGUAGAGAGCAUGAUAAGGACAGAGGUAGAAGGUCUAUUUCGCUAUCUCCAAGGGCACAGAAACGCAAAUCGUAUAACACUUCGGAGCAAGGAGAGCUGCCCUCUCAUUCUUCUAAAGACAAGUCUAGAAGACAGCAAUCUGAUGAUGACAGGCAUAGAAUAUCCAGUAACGGUGCGAAUAACCACUACAGAAGACAUGGUGAAUCCACAAGUCAGCUUGGGGGCUAUUCCCCAAGGAAGAGAAAAGCAGAAGCUGCAGUAAAGACUCCUUCUCCACCUCAUUGGUCUCAUCCAGAGAAAAAAAGUGCCACAUGGGAUCUCCCACCUGCGGGAUCAGACAGCAAUUUGAUUGUUUCUGUCAUUUCUAAUGUUGACACAUCAAAUCUAACUGUGGCAUCCAACAGAAAUCAAAUAUCUGUUGCGGACCCUGCCAAGACUGUGAAGGCCCUUUCUGGGGUUUUGUCAAAUGCCACCAUUGACUCUAUUCAGCUCACACAAGCAACCCGGCCUAUGAGGAGAAUUUUUGUAGAAAACUUGCCUGCUUCAGUGUCUGAGAAAGAUGUAAUGGAAUAUCUGAACAAUUUCCUGGUAUCUUCAGGUGUUACCCACGUCCAAGGAUCCGAGCCUUGUAUCAGCUGCAGUCUGCAGAUACACAAAGAGAAGGGACAAGCUUUGGUGGAAUUUCUUACGCCGGAGUAUGCUUCAGCAGCUCUUUCUUUUGAUGGAAGGUCCUUCUCCGGCUCCAUUCUUAAAAUCAGGCGCCCAAAAGAUUUUGUCGAAGUAGCUACUGGUGGUCCUGACAAAUCCGUGGAUGCAAUCAGUGAUACAGUAAGGGAUUCAUCACACAAGAUCUUCAUUGGUGGGAUUUCAAAGGCUAUGUCACCUGAAAUGCUUAAGGAGAUAGUUAGUGCCUUCGGAAUUUUGAAGGCAUAUCGUUUGGAGGUUAAUGCGGAUCAUAAUGAGCCAUGUGCAUUCCUUGAGUAUGUUGACCAAUCAGUUACUCUCAAGGCAUGUGCGGGUCUGAAUGGAAUGAGAUUAGGAGGACAACUGUUAACUGCUGUUCUAGCUACCCCAGAUGCUGCCUCAUCAGUUGAAAAUAUUGGGAAUUCACCUUUCUAUGGUAUCCCUGAGCAUGUGAAACCCCUUCUCGAGAAGCCCACACAAGUCCUGAAGCUUAAGAAUCUGUUGGAUCCAGAUAGCCUCUCGUUGCUGUCUGAAGCAGAGCUGGAGGAAAUAUUGGAAGACACACGGUUAGAGUGUGCCAGGUUUGGCGCUGUUAAAUCUGUUGAUAUUGUCAAAUGUAGUGACUUCAAAACGAACCGGGAAACACAAGAAGUCUGUGAAAACCCUAGUUCCUCAAACGGCGGGGAAGACUUGAAUGGUAAGGACAAGGACACGACAGCAGAAACUUCAGGAGAACAUACAGAUUUUGAGUCAGAAGAAAUCAGCAGAUCAGAACCUCAAAACAAUGGCAAAGAAGCUGAAGAAGUUGACAAAGCUGUAGAGGGCGGAGGCAUUUGUGUUGAAAAACUCCAAGAUGACAUAUUGGAAGAUGAACUGUGCAAUCCAUCUCAAAUUGAUGGUAAAUUGGAUCUUGAAUCAAAGGAUCAAGUGGAUCUUGAAUUGAAGGAUCAAGUGGAUCUUGAAUCGAAGGAUCGAAUGGAAUGCUGUGAUAAUAAGGUUGAUGAUACUAUUCAGACAACAGAUGCUAAGGUUGCCGAUGUGGAAAAUGAAUCAGCUGAUAGAGACAAGUUGGAAUCAGUGGAAGCCAAUGGACAUCUGCAGGAAUCUUUAGCUGAAAUGGAUUUGAAUGAGAGAAUGGAUACGGAUGCUGCCGAGAAAGGUGAAAAUGGAGUGUGUGUUUUUGGUCUUGAAGAUGUAUUUGAACCUGGUUGUGUUCUAGUGGAGUAUAAAAGAACAGAAGCUGCUUCUAUGGCAGCACAUUGUUUGCACGGACGGGUUUUCAAUAACCGGAGUGUGGCAGUGGGGUAUGUUGAUUACGAAAUGUACAAGUCAAGGUUUCCGAAAUAAACUUGUUGGAGAUUGACUUAGUUGCGGUUCAGCGGCUUAAUUUCAUGCAGGCGAUGGAAAAAUGCCUACCAUUUUUUGUGUGAUCUUACCAUGAGUUCUGGGCAACUAAUGGAUGGAGCAGAGUUUGAGACAGGCUCCCUCUAUUUUUCUAAAUUGUACUAAUAUUUAUUGUUGAACUUAGCAUAUUGAGAUCAUGUGGCAGUUCGACAGUUGCCCAUACGAAGAAUUGAGGCUGUUAUUAGAACGAAGCCUCGUUUGAUGCCAAAAUUAGAUUGAAAUGUCUUGCUUCUUCAUGUAGUUUCCACAGAACUGAGGGAAUUUUACCGAAGUCAGUGUAACAUCAGUACUCUCUUCAAUCAAAAGCUGCUUUUUGUAAA